CUUUUUUGGUCAAAUUUGUCCUUUAUUUUCAAAAUUAUGUACUAAAAUGGUUCUCAAAGAAUGAAUUUCAAACAUUUCUUACAAAUCGUUAGGAUUUUGUUCAUCUUAUCUGUGAUUAAACCAUAUGUCGCACAAUAUUCAGAUACAGUGCCAAACUACGGACGAGGAUAUAGAUACCAGAGCCCAUCCCAUCAAUCGUAUACUUACAAUAACACCCAAUGUGUGGGUUGUAUACAAAACCAGUGUAAAUGCAUAGGAGAGAAGGGUUCGCGGGGCACACCAGGUCUUCCCGGACCAAUAGGAGCACCGGGACUUCAGGGACAUACCGGACCUGAAGGCUUGAUUGGUGAAACAGGAGUAAAAGGUGAUUCUGGAGCUGCAGGACCUCGAGGAAUCAAAGGUGAUCGUGGUAAAAUGGGAAUGCCUGGAUUUCCCGGAAUUAAUGGAAUUCCUGGACUUCCUGGUUCUAGUGGACCCAGAGGUUCACCAGGUCUUGAUGGGUGUAAUGGUACAGAUGGCUUACCUGGAUUGCCGGGUACAUCUGGUAAUGAUGGACCACAUGGAUUAAAAGGGAGAUUCGGUCCAAAAGGACAAAAGGGUGAACCAGCUAUAGGUCCGCCAGGACUUAAGGGACUUAAAGGUGAGUCGGGUAGAAAUGGUUUUCCUGGAGAACCUGGUUUACCCGGCGCUGAUGGUAUUCCCGGUGCAAAAGGAGAUAUGGGAUUUCCUGGUUCUAAGGGACACAAAGGAGACACUGGACCUCUUGGCCCUAAAGGAAAUAUGGGAAUUGGUUAUGACGGACAAAAGGGUGAACCGGGAGAUAAAGGUGUAUCCGGUUUACCCGGGAAAGAUUGUAAUUAUACAUAUGCUAUAGAAAGACCGGGAUUGAUAAUUGGUCCACAGGGUCAACCGGGAAAUAAAGGGCAAAAGGGCGAAAUUGGUGUUUAUGGUGAAAGAGGUUAUGAUGGUUUACCCGGACUACCUGGAACUGUUGGUGAUAUUGGACCUAAAGGAGAAAAAGGAUUAUCUGGACAUCCUGGUCCAAGAGGUAAAGAGGGUUAUCCCGGACCACAUGGAAGUGUUGGCUUUAAAGGAGAUCGAGGAGAGCCUGGAAUUCCAGGUUUAGAUGGCAUUCAUGGUAUUAAAGGUGAUUCUGGACCACCUGGUUUUCCUGGACAAAGAGGAUUACAAGGACCGCCAGGUCCUCCAGGGGGAAUUCAUGGAAGAGCUGGACCUCGAGGAUUACCCGGUCCAAGAGGUUUUCCUGGACUUCCUGGUCUGCCAGGAGCUGAUGGAUUGUCUGGUGAAAUUGGACCAAGAGGACCACCUGGUCUUACAGGAGGUCCUGGUAUUUCAGGACCACCGGGAAGGGAGGGACCAAUUGGACAAAAAGGAGUAAAAGGAGAUGAAGGACACCCUGGACUACCAGGACUAACGGGUCCAUCUGGUCUACCUGGACUUACCGGUUCUAAAGGAGAACCUGGACCGAAAGGAAAUCCUGGUUUUUCAAUUCAAGGAUCAAAAGGUUUGGAUGGAAGUCCUGGGUUAAAUGGUUUACCCGGUAAAAAAGGAGAACCGGGAACAAAAGGAGAAAUAGGAGCUCCGGGUGACUCAAUUGAUGGAAUACCUGGUUUGCCUGGAUUACCCGGAAAAAAAGGUGAUCAGGGUUAUCCUGGUCUAUCCGGUAGACCAGGUUUAUCAGGAGUACCCGGAUUAAAAGGAGAAAAAGGUGGUUCGUGUCUCUCAUGUAUUUCGGGAUUUAAAGGAGAAAAAGGCGACAGAGGUUUGGAUGGAUUACCAGGUUUUCAGGGAGAAAAAGGAGAUCGAGGACCGGUUGGUCCACAUGGGGUCAGAGGUGACGAUGGCAUACCAGGUCUUCCAGGAUUACCAGGAGAUGAGGGAAAACCAGGUCGUCCUGGAAGAGAUGGUCAAUCGGGAGAAAAAGGAGACUCAGCUUUUGUACCAAUAGAUUUGAUACCUCGUAAAGGCGAAAAAGGUGAAUUGGGACAAACUGGUCCAAUGGGAAUUCCAGGGCGUGACGGGACAUCAGGUCUGCCGGGAUUACCUGGAAUUAUAGGAAUUAAAGGACAUAAAGGAGACAAAGGUUUCGCCGGAUUUUCUGGAGAGCCAGGUAGACAAGGAUUGCCAGGACUUCCCGGUUUUCCGGGAAUGAAAGGAGAUCCCGGAAUUGGUAGACCGGGUGCACCUGGAUUACCAGGAAUAAUCGGUCCAAAAGGAGACAUUGGUUUACCCGGUAGAAUAGGACCAAAAGGAGAACCAGGACGACUUCCACGUCCCGGAGAAAACUUAACAAUGCCAGUGGGACCACCUGGUCUUCCCGGUGAACCAGGUAUUAAUGGUGAACCUGGUUUACCAGGUCUUCCUGGAGCUCCGGGAAGGGAUGGACUUUCAGGAUUAAGAGGACAUAAAGGUGAUCGAGGGGAAGAUGGUUUGGCUGGAAUUCCCGGUUUAAGAGGUCUUCCUGGAGAUAGAGGUGAUAAGGGAGAAAUAGGUUCAAUGGGUUUCCCAGGAGAACCAGGAUUGAAAGGUGAAUUUGGUUUAUCGGGAUUACCAGGACUUCCAGGACAAAAAGGAGAUUCAGGUUUACCUGGUAUUGGUAGACCCGGACAAUCUGGACUGCCUGGUUAUCCGGGCUCUAAAGGAGAUCAAGGAAUGACUGGUAUUCCGGGACAGACCGGUGAGAGAGGUUUGCCAGGAAUUAUUGGAAUGAAAGGAGAAAUAGGAUUUCCUGGCUUACCUGGUUUGCCCGGUCAUAAAGGAGAUAAAGGUGAAACGGCAAGAGAUGGAUAUCCUGGUCCAGAGGGUGCGCCCGGUUUGGCUGGAAUUGAUGGACCAAAAGGCGAAAGAGGAUACAAAGGUGACAGCGGUUUACCAGGAAUACCAGGGUUACCAGGUGUUAAAGGUGUUAGUGGAAUACCUGGUCUUCCAGGAUUACCUGGAAUUGAUGGACCUUCUGGUAACAAUGGUUUUCCAGGACAGGAUGGAUUACCAGGACUACCCGGAAUUAAAGGCGCAAAAGGGGAUAGUCUUCCCGGUCUACCCGGUCCGCAAGGAUUUGAUGGAAUACCUGGUCUUUCCGGACAAAAGGGUGAUAAAGGAGACAAUGGAUUGCCAGGAAUUGAAGGAAGACCCGGAAUAAUGGGACUUAAAGGUGAUUCUGGAUUACCUGGACAACCUGGUUUACCCGGUUUAUCUGGAGAUAUUGGAUUUUCGGGUGAUAAAGGAGAUGUGGGACUACCUGGGUUAUCUGGUUUACCCGGACCACCAGGAAAAACAGGUUUAGGCGGUUUACCCGGAAUCAAAGGAGAUCCAGGAUUGCCUGGUCUUGGUUUACCCGGUCCUCAUGGAAUCAAAGGCGAGAGAGGUAUGGAUGGUUUUCCAGGAUUACCAGGUCUUCCCGGAAUUAAAGGAGACAGUGGUUUACUUGGACUUCCUGGUUAUAAAGGAGAUAAGGGCACACCUGGACAGCCCGGAAAUCCAGGUUUUAUUGGACCAAUUGGUCCAAUUGGUCCAAAAGGUUUUGAUGGUCCACCCGGAUUACCUGGGUUAAAAGGGCAUAGUGGACAACCUGGGAUUCAAGGACAGUCAGGAUUAAAGGGUGACAGAGGACUGGAUGGAAUGCCAGGUUUACCCGGUUUGAUAGGACCUAAGGGUGAAUCAGGAUUCCCAGGCGAAAGAGCAGACAAAGGAGAUAAAGGAUUGACUGGAUUUCCUGGUCUACCGGGUCUUCCUGGACUUAAAGGUGAUCGAGGAUCUUAUGGUUUGCCAGGACUUCCAGGUCUUAAAGGAAACUCAGGUCCACCUGGUUUUGAUGGUCCAUCAGGUCUUAAUGGUCAACCCGGUCAACCUGGUGAUGAUGGACCCCGUGGACCUCCCGGUGAAAUAUGUCAGAAAGGAGAAUCCGGUCCACCUGGACUUAAUGGUUUUAAUGGCCCACCUGGUUAUUCAGGUGAAAAAGGUGAACAGGGAUUACCAGGAAUUCCUGGUCAAAGAGGACUUCCAGGAGAUUCAACACAACCAGGUCAACCGGGUGCUAAAGGUGAUCGAGGAUAUCCCGGUUCUUCAGGUUUGCCGGGACGUGCAGGUGUUCCAGGACAGAGAGGCGAUGAUGGACUUCCCGGUUUCCCCGGAACUAAAGGCGAUAGAGGACUUCCAGGUCCUCCAAGUACUGAUAGUGGAGUGCGAGGUCCACCCGGAGAACCUGGAUAUCCUGGACUUAGCGGUUCAAAAGGCGAUAAAGGUACGGCUGGAUUCCCCGGUUUACCCGGAUUACCCGGUCUAAAAGGGGACAGAGGUUAUGAUGGAGUUCCAGGUAUUUCAGGACUUCCAGGAAUAAAAGGCGUAAUCGGACCAAAAGGAGAAAAAGGUUAUAUACCUCCGGGACAGCUCUUACAAGGAAUCAAAGGAGAUAAAGGAGAGAGAGGACAGACCGGUGAUUAUGGACCACAAGGACUUAAAGGAAUACCUGGCCAACCAGGCUUUCCGGGUAUUAAAGGCGAAUACGGCAGACCGGGAACGACAGGUUUGCCCGGAUUGCCCGGUCUUCCGGGCAUCAAAGGAGAUCGUGGAAUUGCAGGUUUAUUGGGACCUCCGGGACUGCCAGGACUAAAAGGGUCACCGGGUUAUCCCGGACCUCCAGGUGAUUCUGCUGGGGAUUACUUAAUGGGUAUACUUUUGGUACGUCACAGUCAAUCAGCUGCUGCUCCUGAAUGUCCAAAUACUAUGGAGAAGAUGUGGGACGGAUAUAGUCUACUAUAUAUUGAAGGCAAUGAAAAGGCACACAAUCAAGAUCUCGGCUUUGCUGGUUCUUGUCUCCGGAGAUUCAGUACAAUGCCAUUCCUAUUCUGUGACUUUAAUAGUGUCUGUAAUUAUGCGUCAAGAAAUGAUAAGUCUUAUUGGUUGUCAACCAAUGCACCCAUACCUAUGAUGCCGGUCGGAGAAGAAGCCAUUAGACAAUACAUCAGUCGAUGCGUUGUUUGUGAAGCGCCAGCAAAUGUGAUCGCCAUUCACAGUCAGUCACUUGAUAUACCUGACUGUCCCGGAGGAUGGACUUCAUUAUGGAUUGGUUACAGUUUUGCUAUGCAUACGGCUGCCGGUGCUGAAGGUGGCGGUCAAUCUCUAUCAAGUCCUGGCAGUUGUUUAGAAGAUUUCAGAGCCACGCCAUUCAUAGAGUGCAACGGCGCCCGCGGGACCUGUCAUUACUUCGCCAAUAAAUUUAGCUUUUGGUUGACAACUAUUGAAUCGAGGGCUCAGUUUGAGAGACCCAUUAGUGAGACACUGAAAGCAGGAAACCUGAGGACAAAAGUGAGCCGAUGUUCGGUUUGCAUCAAAAACACCAGACUAUAGCUUAGGUUACUUAAGGAACCAAUUCUUCAAUUUAACCAAUUAUUGCAUUACUUUUGUUUUAUUACCAAAUUUAAUGUACAGAUAAAGCUUUAUUGCAAUCAAAACAAACAUUCAAACUAUAUUCAUGUCUCAACACAAACAUAAUUGUGUAAAGCAUUUCAAGUGCUUUCAUUAAUUUAAGUCUAAAUUUGUAUUAAAAAAAAAAAGUUUGAGUGAUUUAUUUGUUAAAACCAGUCAAGUAGUCAUUUAUAUUAUUUAUUAAUUUUUUGUAAAAUUUAUAUAUAUAUUUAAAAUAAUCAAAAACCGAGUGAUAUGAGAUAUUUAUAGGACUUUUAAUGAUAUUAUGUCAGCUUAUUAUGUAUAAACCCUGUGAAGAUCACUGUUCACUGCCGGACAGCAACCACUGCCAAACCGGUCAGAUAUUUAUUAUCAAUUAUAAUUGUUAUGUAAUAUAAAUCGCAUUAAUUUAAAGAUAUUUCACUGCCAUUUAAAAAAAUAUUGUUUAAGUUAUACUUAUAUAACAAAAACUAGUCGUUCAUCGAAAUCAAAACUC